GUUUACUCUUGUUGGAAAUGGAGCAAAUGCAAAGUUUGGAAUUGAAAAACGAGUCGACCGGGCGGAUUGUGUGCUGUGAAUGUGGUACAGUGAUAGAGCCGAAUUCGGCGAAUAUGUGCGUGGCGUGUAUUCGGGCGAAGGUGGACAUCACCGAGGGAAUACCGAAGCAAAGUCAAUUGACAAAAUGCAAAUUCUGUGAACGAUAUCUAUUGCCACCGAACGGAUGGUUUCAUGCGGACUUGGAAUCAAAAGAGCUGAUGUCACUGGCGUUGAAGAAAAUCAAAUCAACUCUGGCGAAAGUUCGAUUAACGGAUGCAUCGUUUGUAUGGACAGAGCCACAUUCGAAACGAAUCAAAGUGAAGUUGACGAUUCAAAAAGAGAUACUCUCCGGUUCAAUAUUGCAGCAGAGUUUUAUUGUGGAAUUUGUGGUGUUAAAUCAGAUGUGCGAUGAAUGUCGUCAAGCAGAGGCAAAAGACUUCUGGCGAGCGUGUGUCCAGAUUCGACAGAAAUGCGAUUUCAAGAAGACAUUAUUCUACUUGGAGCAGCUGAUAUUGAAACACGGCACUCACGUCAAUACGACCGCAGUCAAGCCGAUGGCGACUGGCAUUGAUUUCUUUUAUGCAAAACUACAAGAUGCACGCAAAUUAGUGGACCUCGUGACGGCCAUUCUGCCGUGUAAAUAUCGUUAUGCACAGGCGAUAGAAAUGACGAUGGAGUUAGUAACGCAUGAUUCAAAAAACAACACAUUCGAUUAUAAGCAUACGUUUUGUGUGGAUAUCGUACCGAUUUGCAAGGACAACAUAGUCUGCUUACCGAAGAAGGUAGCGCAGUCGUUGGGGAAUAUGAGUGAGCUGGUGGUGUGCUUGAGGAUCUCGAAUUUGAUCACACUGAUCGAUCCGUCGACACUGCAGCUUGCCGAACUGACAGCUACACAAUAUUGGCGUGAACCGUUUGAAGCGUUGUGCCAACCGAAGCAGUUGAGUGAAUAUUACGUGUUGGACGUAGAGGAGUUGUACGACUUGAAACGUGGUGUAGGACACGGGCGAGUGUCGACGAAACACGUUCUGGCGGAUGUUUGGGUGGUGCGCAGUAAUCAGGUGAUAACCACUUUUUCAUUUUUU